AUGCUAUCUGCGUUGAUGAAUUUUCUGAAUGCCUGUCUCUGGCCACGGUCAGAUCAGCAGGGACGUUCAGGCUCAGAUUCUGGCGGUCGGCAAGAAGGACUUUUGUGGUACAGAGACUCCGGUCAGCACGUCUGUGGUGACUUCUCCAUGGCCGUGGUUCAAGCCAACAACUUGCUCGAGGACCAGAGCCAGCUCGAGUCUGGCUGUCUUAGCACGCACGAGUCUGGUCCCUACGGCACCUUUGUUGGCGUCUACGAUGGGCACGGUGGGCCUGAGACAUCGCGGUUCAUCAAUGAGCAUAUGUUCUACCAUCUCAAGAGGUUUACUGCAGAGCAACAGUGUAUGUCGUCAGAAGUGAUAAAGAAAGCCUUUGACGCGACUGAAGAAGGGUUCCUGUCCAUAGUUACUAAUCAGUUUCCAACGAGACCUCAAAUAGCGACAGUUGGAUCAUGCUGUCUUGUAUGCGUCAUCUGCGAUGGGACGCUCUACGUGGCCAACGCGGGGGACUCAAGGGUCGUGCUGGGACAAGUCAUGAGGGCAACCGGUGAAGCUCACGCCAGUCAGCUCUCGACUGAGCACAAUGCGUCUAUAGAGUCAGUGCGACGGGAACUUCAGGCCCUGCAUCCGGACCAUCCGGAUAUUGUGGUUUUAAAACAUAACGUUUGGCGAGUAAAAGGAAUCAUUCAGGUUUCAAGAUCCAUUGGCGAUGUGUAUCUGAAAAGGUCAGAGUUCAACCGGGAACCGCUGUAUGCCAAAUUCCGCCUCAGGGCACCAUUCAGCAAGCCGUUACUGAGUGCAGAGCCUUCGAUCACAGAGCAUACACUGCAGCCGCAUGAUCAGUUUAUAAUAUGCGCUUCAGAUGGGCUCUGGGAACAUAUGAGUAACCAAGAAGCAGUAAACAUCGUCCAGAGUCAUCCGCGUAACGGCAUUGCAAAGCGGCUGGUGAAAGUUGCGCUUCAAGAAGCAGCAAAGAAGAGAGAGAUGAGAUACUCAGACCUGAAAAAGAUUGACAGAGGCGUAAGACGGCAUUUCCAUGAUGACAUAACAGUGGUUGUUGUCUUCUUCGAUACAAGCUUAGUGAGCAGAGCCAGCCUGUGGAGAGGACCGGCUGUGUCAGUGAGAGGCGCGGGUGUGAAUCUGCCUCACAACAGCUUGGCGCCUUGCACAAUGCCCACACAAGCUGCUGCUGCUGCCUCCUGA